AUGGGAAAGAAAAAGUCUGCCAAUAAGAGAAAGGACGAUUACUGGGAUGACGAGUUUGAGGAGGAUAUGAAUGCCGCAGCUGUUGCUGAAGAAUCCGAAGACGAUGAGGCUUUCGCCAAAAAGGCAGCUUCGUUCAGUGCAUUAGCGGUCGAGGACGAUGAUGAAGAUGAUGGUUUGAUGGCUAUGGUCAAUCGUGCAGCCAAGACCAAGGUCAAGAAGAACAAGAAGAAGAAACAGGUGGUCGAAUCUGAAGAAGAAGAAGAGGAGGAACCAGCACCAGCACCUGUCCAAGCUGAUGAUCUUGAUGAGGAAGAGGAUGAUUGGUUCAACGACAACAAGAAGAACAACAAGAAAAAGAACAACAAGAAACAGCAACCUGCCGCUGCCGCGGCUGCACCAGCUGUUGAGGAAGAGGAGCCAAAGCGUAUUUUGAGCAAGAAGGAAAAGGAGCGUCUUAAGAAGGAACGUGAGCGUGAAGCCAAGCGUCUUGCCAACAUUGAAAAGAAGAAAAAGGAGGCUGAGGAAGCAGCAAAGAAGGGCAAUCAACAGCAAAAGCAACAACAACAACAAAAGCCCAAGGAAGAACCUGCAGCUGAACCAGAAUCUAAGAAGAAGGCAGCACCUGCUCCUGCUCCUGCUCCUGCUGGUGGUAAGGGCAAAAAGAAGGGUCCCGCUGGUAUUGCCGCUUUGAGAAAACAAUUGGAGGCUCAAAAGGCUGCUGAGGAAGAAGCCAAGCGUAAGGAAGAGGAGGAACGUCAACGUGCCCUUGAAGAAGAAAAGAAGCGUCGUGAGGAAGAAAGAGCCAUCAGAGAAAAGGAGCGUGAAAAGCGUGCAAAGGCUAGAGCCAAGAAGGAACAACUUAAGGCUGAAGGCAAAUAUAUGACCCGAUCCCAAAAGGAGGCAGCAAAGAAGGCCAAGUUGCGUACCGAGCAAUUGCUUGCUUCUGGACAGAUCAAGAUUGCUGCUUUCAACGAAGACAACGAGUCGAAUGAAUCUGGAUCAGCUGCUGAACCUGAAAAGAAGAAGCGCAUCGUCUACGAGAGCAAGAAGCGUAAGGGUCCCAGCAAGGCAGAGCUUGAGAAGAAGAAGCGUGAAGAAGAAGAGGAGCAAAGACGUCGUGAGGAGGAGGAACGUAAGCGUAAGGAAGAAGAGGAGGCUGCCAAGAAACAACAAGAGCAGGAAGAAUCUUCUGAUGAUGAUGAUUGGGAGAAGGCUGCUGAUAGCACUGAUGAGGAAGAAGAUAAGGCUGCUGCCAAGGAAGACAAUGUCAAGGAUGAUUGGGAAGAUGAAUCUGAAGAGGAGGAAGCACCCAAGAAGGAAGAAGCCAAGAAGCCUGCUGCUGCUGCCACUCCUGCUAAGAAGGCUGAGGAAGAGAGCGAAUCUGAGGAAGAUAGCAGUGAUGAUUGGGAUGAGGAUAGCGAUGAGGAAGAUUUGUCUCCUGCUCAACUUGCUGCUCUCAAGAAGAAGGAAGAGGCUGCUGCUCGUCGUCAACAACGUCAAAAGGACGCUUUGGCUGCUCGUUCUAAGGAUGAUUUGCGUUCACCUAUUUGCUGUAUUCUUGGUCACGUCGAUACUGGUAAAACCAAGUUGCUUGACAAGAUUCGUCAAACCAAUGUCCAAGAAGGUGAAGCUGGUGGUAUUACCCAACAGAUUGGUGCUACCUAUUUCCCUGCCGAAGCCAUUGAAAAGAAGACUGCUGUGUUGGGCAAGGAUCAAGUUGAGCAAAUGAAGGUGCCUGGUUUGCUCGUCAUUGAUACUCCAGGUCACGAGUCUUUCACCAACCUUCGUAGCCGUGGUAGCUCUUUGUGUAACAUUGCCAUUUUGGUGGUCGACAUUAUGCACGGUCUUGAACAACAAACUCUUGAAUCCAUUCGCUUGUUGCGUGAUCGUCGUACACCUUUCAUUGUCGCCUUGAACAAGAUUGAUCGUCUUUUCGAAUGGAAGGCAACUCCCAACAACUCCUUCAAGGAUUCGCUUGCAAAGCAAAAGAAGUCUGUCAGACAAGAAUUCGAGACUCGUUUGGAAAAGACCAUCCUCGCCUUUGCUGAACAAGGUCUCAACGCCGCUCUUUAUUACAAGAACCCCAACUUUGCAAAGUACGUCUCAUUGGUGCCCACUUCCGCCCACACUGGUGAAGGUGUUCCCGAUAUGCUCAACUUGUUGGUCAACUUGACCCAGACCCGUAUGAGUGACAAGUUGAUGUACGUUACCGAGCUUGAAUGUACCGUCUUGGAAGUCAAGGUGAUUGAAGGUCUUGGUACUACCAUUGAUGUUGUCCUUGUCAAUGGCUGGUUGCAUGAAGGCGACAAGAUUGUAUUGUGUGGUCUUAAUGGCCCUAUUGUUACCCAAGUCCGUGCAUUAUUGACUCCUCAACCUAUGCGUGAAUUGCGUAUCAAGUCCCAAUACGUUCAUCACAAGUCCGUCAAGGCUGCUCUUGGUAUCAAGAUUGCUGCUCCUGAUCUCGACAAGGCCAUUGCUGGUUCUCGUUUGCUUGUGUGUGGUCCUGAGGAUGAUGAAGAUGAUCUCAAGGAAGAAGUCAUGUCCGAUUUGACCAACUUGAUGAACUCUAUCGAUCGCCAAGGCAAGGGUGUGUGGGUGCAGGCGUCCACGCUUGGUUCAUUGGAAGCUUUGCUCGAAUUCUUACGCACCAGCAACAUUCCCGUCUUUGGUAUCAACAUUGGUCCUGUGCAUAGAAAGGAUGUGGUCAAGGCUAGUGUCAUGCUUGAAAAGGCCAAGGAAUAUGCCGUCAUGCUCUGUUUCGAUGUCAAGGUUGAAAAGGAAGCUGAGGAAAUGGCCGAUGAUUUGGGUAUCAAGGUGUUCAAGGCCGACAUUAUUUAUCACUUGUUCGAUCGCUUUGUCGAAUACAACAAGUCCAUGUUGGAAGAAAAGCGUAAAGAACAAGCCGGUCAAGCUGUAUUCCCCUGUAUCCUCAAGAUGGUUCCUCGUGCUAUCAUCAACAAAAAGAACCCUAUCAUCAUGGGUGUGGAUGUUGUCGAAGGAUCUUUGCGUCUUGGUACUCCCAUUUGUGUUGUUCGUCCUAAUGCUGAAGGUGUACGUGAAGUGACAGUACUUGGCAAGGUCACAUCCAUGGAACAAAACCACAAGCCUAUGGAGGUUGUCAAGAAGGGUCAUGGUGGUGGUGGUAUUGCCAUCAAGAUUGAAGCUUCAAGUGGUGAUCAAGCCAAGACUUAUGGUCGUCACUUUGAUGAGUCUGAUGAAUUCUAUAGCCGUAUCACUCGUACGUCUAUCGAUGUGCUCAAGGAUUCCUUCCGAAAAGAUUUGUCCAAGGAAGAAUGGGCAUUGGUGGUCAAGCUCAAGAAGGUUCUCGGUGUAGACUAA